AUGCCACCCUCUAACCGCCAGCAACGCAGACAUCAUAAUGAUGUCAUUGCAGAUCAACCUCUCCCCCAGCCUUGUACACCAUCACCACAGCAGUCAGAGCAUGAUGACCUGCCCCUUUUUAUUUUCUUUGAAACUGAACCUAACGAAGCAGGCCUCUACCGAAUUUACCCUACCCGCCCCAGUGUACACCCCACUGAAAAUACCCUCAAAAAUGUUACUGUUGCUCUGACACUUGCUGGAGGUGACCAGAUUCCCAGCUCAAGUCGGAUCACUGAGGGCUUAUCAUCUAAGGAGAUUGGUCAAGACGAUCUCUACACAGCUUUCUCAAACCCCACUUCUGGCCUACUCAUGGCCUAUCAUUACUCUGGGACCGGCCAACAGUCCGUCGCAGAGCUACAAUGA